CUUGUAAAUUUAUAGCAUUCAGCAGCGCGCGGUGAAGCCACAGUUGCCUUGGAAUUUAGGAGAGAAAGACCCUCGAAACCACCCAUCAUGGACCUCAAAGCGCUGGCGGUGAUAACCCUGUUGACGGCGGUUAUGUAUACCCAGAUGUCACAUGGCAAGCCCAUCAGCCUGGUGGAGAGGUGCUGGUGCCGCUCCACUCACAACACCGUCCCGCAGCGGAGCAUCCGAGAGCUCAAGUUCCUGCAGACGCCCAACUGCCCAUUCCAAGUCAUUGCCAAGCUGAAGAACAACAGAGAGGUCUGCAUUAACCCUGAGACCAAAUGGCUGCAGCAAUAUCUGAAGAAUGCUCUUAACAAGUAAGGAGAAACCCUUCUUGACAAGAUGAAGAGAAGCAAAAGACGGCCUAAUUAAGGACCCCAGCAGAUACGUACCCCGGCCAUACCCCCCACACCCCCCACCCCCUCCCAGGAUGCUUGCUGAGCCAGCACUUACCUGCCAGACAUGCAUGCUUAUCCAGCAUUCGAAAAGCCAGCGGCUCACCCCACCGAAGCGGACACUUUUCUCUCGUCAAGCGCGAUGUGCAAUUCUAUUACGUGCGAGUGUGACUUUUUACGUGUGCGUGUGCGUCUGUGUGAGUGGUUGUACGUCCAGUUUAUGUAAAGUAUUUUUUAACUAAAAGCAGACUGAAGUUUUCCCGCCUUUUUUCCAUCCCUAUGUGCUGGGAGGGGCUGCUCAGGCAUGGCUGCAGCCGGGCAUUUGGGAUUGCGGAACACCCACAGAUAUUCCCCUCCUGACCAUGUAGUUGGGGGGAAGAGGGUGUUAAGAGAAAGACUUGUUUCACACUUGCGCUACACCUCACAACCCCACUGCGCUUUUUCUUCUCCUGACAGACUCAAAGCUUCACCGCAUAUCUUGCAAACAGGGGCUAAAGUCCUACCAUUCUGGUCACAAGAGAGGCUAUAGCAAAGACACUCCGUGAGCACUGCUAAAGCAAGCCAUACAGAAAUCAACGGACAUCUCUGUUUUCCUCAGCAUUGUAAGAUUUAUUUGUGCCUUGUACUUUAUUCAAACAACAAGGCCUGUGGUGGCGGAGUUUUUAUUUGGAGUCUGCAAUCCUAUUCAUAUAUAUUUUUUUUUUAAAUGCAUUGAAAAGUGGAAACUAAUUCCUAAUUACAAUCUGAAGGGUUUUUUCUUUUUCAGAAAAUGUAAUCCUUCUUCCAGGAAGCAUAACAAUAGACGGUUGAAAUCAGAAAUAUGUGAGGUUGUUAUUUUGGGUUUGUCAGCCGCUUCCAGUAUGAAUUUCAUUGGGAAACAUGUACAAGAUCUUCUUCCCUUUCUCCGCAAUGACAAGUGAUGGGUUUUGAAACUAUUCUGACAAAUAGUUUAGGAAUUGUGAGAAACAAAUGUAGUUCACAUAAAGAACUUUAGCCUUCCAUGAUGCAUGGCUCGUAGAUACCAAAGAACAGUAAAUAUGAAGUGAAACAGACAAUGACCAAAUAUUUACUUUUAAGUGAUUUCAAAUUCAGCCUGUAAUUACAAAAAAAAGAAGUUUGGGCAUUUAAUAAGAUACAAAACGGUUUUAGCUAUUGUGCCAGAUAUGCCAGCAUUUCCUUUUCUGACUGUAAUGCACUUUAUUCUUUCAGUACAUUUUUUAUAGAUUGACAAGGGAAUUUAUGUUCAUUAAAUAUAGUACAUAUGUUAAUUUCAAAUGUAAUUCUAAUUAGGUGAUGCUUUCAAACACUAAAAUAUUUUUUUUAGUCAUUUUUGUAAUGGAUAACUAUUGUUCUCUAUUGUAUCUCAAGUAUGUAAUUUUUAUUUACAUAAUUUACAUAGGAAACCAACGUCCUCCAGUAUUCCUUCAGGUAUUAGCUGCUUCAGUGGAGACCUAAUUAGCUAACAUAAUGCUGUAUUGUUUUAUUUUCAUUUCGGAAAAAAAAAAAAUCAAUCGAAUCAGUACAAAAUGGAGGUAUUCCUAGAAUUUACGGUAUUACACCACAGUAUAUGUAUAUUAUAAAAUAUUAUUUCAUUUUGUUUUAAUCAACUGUAACCAUUAUGAAAUCAGAUUAUACAACCACUGUAUAUUAUAUGAACAUACAAUGCUAAGCCUGGUGCUGUUUCCAUAUACAGCUGAAUUUGAAUAGUUUAAACAGAAACAGAUUGGAUUUUCCAUUUGUAAUAAAGUUCUUUAAGACGAAAUAACUUCUGACAAGUAAAGUGCACUGGAGUUAAUUAAGGCAUUAACUUUUGACAUUGUUUCUUUAGCUGUAAUUCAUCCAUCUCUCCUCAAACUAUAUAAUAAUAAUAUCACUGUCUAUGUAAACUCACCACAAACCAAAGUCAUUUUCUAUUCAUUAAAACCAAUGCAUCAUGCUUUGUCAAUUAAUAUCAAGCCUGCUUACUGUUCUGUGUUGUGAGGGAAAGCCAUACCAUAUCCUUGAGUAUUGUUCUGUUACCAUUUUUCAGGGAUAACUGCAUGUUUUUAUCCAUUUUAUUCAUGGAAAGCAUAUUAAAGCAAGCAGGCCAUUUACCUGCAGUCACACACAAUGAGGAAAGACAGAUUUCACAGUCAUUGAGAGUGGAUUGAGUCACGGCAGCAGAAGGCCUGGAAAUUGUAAACACAUUAAGCAUCCAUCAACAAGGCUUUACACGCCAGCAGAAAGGAUCUCUUCCCCUUUCAGAAUUAUGCAGAAUGUUGAGCAUGAAAUAUUGUUGAGAAAUAUUGUGAAAGGCCGCUAGUAUAAUCUCUAGCUUUGAUUUCAGCUUUAACUAAUUUUUAAAUGCUGGGAUACUAAUGAGCAAAAGAUGUUUUGACUUGUUAUGCAGGCAUGCAUUCAAUCCGUUUGUUAAAGCAUUAGAGAUGAAGUUGUGGCCUAUGACAUUUGAGCUUCAGUGGCAGCAAAUGUUACAAAUGUCUUUUGAUCUCAUAAUUAUGUUAUAGUACAGAAGUGCCGAAGUACCAUAACAUAACAGCCUAUCAGCAUUUAGUAGGAUUUCUUUUCACACAUUGUAAAGAGUGUAAUUUGUACAGAACUGUCCAGCCAAUCAGAACUGCUUUCAUUCAAAGGGUGAUGUUCACUGAUUCAUUGGCAAUAGGCUGAGCUAUACACUUCAAAGAACACCAUUGUAAAGUGCCUGUGUGUGGCAGUCCUGCGGAGUAAUUUCUCAGUGAGUUGUACAGGGUUUUCAUGUUGUAUUUGUGUGACAUGUGAGUCAUGUAUGUAUGUCACCCUGACUGUAACUAAAACAGGAAAUAUCAGGUUUAUAUGUAUAUUUUUCAGCAGGCUCACUCAGUGCCAUUAGCAAAUCGCACACUAAAAACUCCAACAUGCUUUCUUUGUAUUCCAAUUUAUAUAUCAGUGUAUGCGUUUGUAUGCUUUUCCCUCUCAAUGUGAAGAAAACACUCUGUAAGGCAGCUUACCUUAGACUAUAUUUCACUGUUUGUAUGCCAAAAUGCAUUAAUACAUUUUGUUUUUAAUUCACUUAAUUUUUCAAUAAAUGCAAGAAAAGGCCAAAAUUUCAA